AAACAAAAUGGCCGACUUGCUCAGUUGGCUUCUGCAUGGCUUUACCCAGAUUUGUGUGGCACGUGGAAUAGUUUCAUGGGGGAGCAAGGAUAAUGAUGCGGCAGGUGGGCUUCAACUUUGGUAUCGUGAGAGGGAUAACAAUUACUGCAUUAAUGCCAGCAAGACAGCGAGAGGUGACGCGCUGGUAUGUAAAGUUAUUGAUGUUUUUACUCUUCACUUCCAAAAGUGAACUGACAAAAUCAAAACGUUAUUAACGAAGAAGUCGAAAUUUCAUUUCGUCCAAUACUGAAAAUAAAUAGUACCAUGUGAGAAUACUGAAAGGGGUUUCGAUCGUCUAGGGGGUCAAGAGUAAGAACUAAAUUUUAUGGAUCCAUAAUAACACUCUGGGAGUGAAAGGGUUUUAAUAAAUAUAUACAAUUUAACAUUAUUACACUGAACCCUUUUUUAUUUUUUUAAAGAAGCUUAUUAUGUGUUUAUGCAGUCACUUUAAUGUGUCUGUUGUAGUUAAUUUUUUAUCUCAUGUAAUUUUUUGUUUUUCUUUUGUUUUGGGGUAUACUACAACUGUACAUGUAUAAAUAUAAUUAUGCUAAUGAAGUUGAAAAAAAAAGAAAAAGAAAAAAUACAGGAGAUAAAAAGAAACUUAACUACAACAUAUCCGUUUAUUAUUUUAUAUGCUUUGUUCUUCAUUUAACAUCUAAAUACAGUAAACACCCACAAAUAGGUUCAUGAGGAAUUGAAGUGAGUGAGUUCAAUUAUUGAUCAUGGUUUACUGGUUCUUUCAUAGGCUCUAUCAUAUGUGUUUUGUGAGGUAUUGCCUCCUUGGUUGUCAGUGGCAUACUGUUAAUUUAAUUAACCAAGAAAGACCUCUACAUGCAAGGCAAAACUGAGAACAUUAGACACCGUUUUAAGAUGAAUAACUAGGGGUAAUCAUAGAUUAAAGAGUGAGUUCUAUCAUCUUUUUAAGAUGCGAAGUGUAUUAUUUCUAGGCAGACCAUAGAUUUUUACAGGCUUCUAUUGUAGAAAAAAAAGUUGUUGAUGAUAAUGAUGGUUAACAAUAUAUUGAUAAUGAUCAUGAGAAAGAUAAAAGAAAAGGUGUUUGUGAAAAAACAAACAAAUAUAUUUUAUUGUCAAAAGGUUAACAGAACAACAUGCAACAACAUGCAUUGCAUCAGUUAACAAAAGAAUGAAAUUACAAAAGUAGGUUGAGUUUGAUCGUCCGGGUGAACGUAGUCCUGAAUAGGACUGUUGUUGUUGAUAGUGACUGACAUUUCAACAACCUGUGUGGUUAAGUCAUCUUCAGAGUCAAAGUGAGUUGUAUCACGUCAGUUGAUGGUAUUAUACUCUGGUUAUUGAUCUGAUUGGACGAUUACGUCGCGAUGUUAUUGGUCAUCUGUCAGUUAAGCUGUGAUGUUAUUGGCUAUGAAGACUCGUAAUCAGUAAUUGGCAGGUGCGUUUCGAUCCGUCUAUUGUCACAGUUAAACAGUCAUCUAUUAGUUUUUAUUGUUAGUGCAGUUCUCCAGUCGCUCUCUCGUAGUUAGUUUUGCUUGAUCUCAUCAAUAAGUCAUUUGUACAGCACUGGUAACUGUUGGCUACCAUUCAAUGGCGUUUGUUCUAAGUUAGUAAACCAGCUUUCUAAAGUAAGGCGUUGAUAGUAGUCUGUAGAAUACGUUAUACAUGUUGCAGAGUCCCAGUCAAUUUGAUAUUUUGUCUGUAAAUGGUGCUCAGCAAUGACGUGAUUGUUGACGUAUAUAUUUCUAACUAAAAAACAAAUCACAUAAUGAAGGGUUGAACAUUGUAUUAAGAAUAUCGCAACGUUUUUGAGGAUGUUUUGAAAAGCAUUCAUCAGGAAAACAGGAGGAAAACUUGGACAGUCUACAACUUAUUUGACCACUGAAAUAUAGCGCUUUCUUCAGGCUUUCGUCAUCUUAAAACUCUUCUUGCCACUAGAUCGGUCUUCCAUCUGUUUUGAAGAUGGUGGCCUGUUGCUCGCACUUCGUAACAGCCAUGAAAUGUGGCUGUGUUAAAAUGUAGUCGGCCAAGAACUUCAGACACUGCUAUUUGGGCCUGUCUAAUAGUUGCUGGACCAUUUUCUCUGCUCUUCUCCCAGGAGCUUGCCAUUUUGUCUCAUGUUCUGUUGCACAACAGCUUGAAACAACUCUGUUGGAUUUGCCUCAUGGCCCUUCAGUGGCACGCAUGUCCAAUAUAUACAAAUGGAUACGAUUCGUCAAACCCAUAGUCCAUUAUGAUUGGUACCAAUAGAAACUGAUGUCAUUCCAAUGGUUCUAAUCGUGAAUAUGCAUCUCAUUAAGGGGACUUAGAUUAUUUUCCCAUGUGACCUGCUAGCUGGGUACAGGGCAAUUCCAAUGGUCCAUUAAUUGCAGUAGCGCGCAACUUUCAAAAAUGAUCGAAGGAAGUGCUUGGUCCCUUAGUCUGAUAGACUACCAGGCAAUUACCCGAGAACAAAUUCUGCCUGGAUCUGAUCUGGGUAUCACGCAGUGUCCUAGAUACCCAAUAUGUCGUAUUAAUAAACAUGUAUCUGUACCGAAAAAAAUUCAUUUUAAGAUUUAAGGUAGAAGAAGAUGGAAGAUAGAUAGAGGAUGUGUCAAGUUUCGCAAGACUAAUAAUACAGGACUUCCUAUCUAGAAUUUUCAGUUUAAUAAACAGUUUGCACGCUUGAAAUAAAAUGUUGGGAUGGAUUUGUGGACCUUUGGAGGUGUGGACGUAUCCGUUGCAUGCCUCCACCUGGUUCGGCUCGCGUCAUACAAGAAUGUCUCUUUCUAUUCCAAUCAUACCAUUGGUACCAAUGGACCAUCAGAAUUGCCCUGUACCCAGCUACAUCACAUGGAAAAUAAUGUAAGUCCCCUCAAGGAGAUGCAUAUUCACCAACAGAACCAUUGGAAAGACAUGCUUUUCUAUUGGUACCAAUUGUACCAUUUGUACCAAUGGACCAUUGGAAUUGCCCUGUACCAGGCUAGAUCACAUAAAAUAUUAAAUCCAAGUCCCCUUUAUGAGAUGCAUAUUCACCAAUAGAACCAUUGGAAUGAUGUGCUUUUCUAAUGGUACCAAUCGUACCAUUGGUACUAAUGGACCAUCGGAAUUGCCCUGUACCCAGCAAAAUCACAUGGAAAAUAAUCUAAGUCCCCUUAAUGAGAUGCAUAUUCACCAAUAGAACCAUUGGAAUGAUGGCCUUUUCUAUUGGUACCAAUCGCACCAUUCAGGUACCAAUGGACCAUCGGAAUUGCCCUGUACCCAGCCAACCACAUGAGAAAAUAAUCUAAGUCCCCUAAGGUAUCAUCCAAGGUAAAAAAAUCAUCAUUUUUUGAAAUUUUCAAUUUUUAGAUGAUUAUUUAAGUAGAGCUCAUCAAGAGCUUUCUUUUAAAAAAAAUUCCAGGAAAAAUGUUUUUUCUGUGCAAACUUAUGGAGAGCAAAAGUUUUUUCUAUGCUAAUUAUUUUAAUUGAUCGUUGACAAGUCCUGUCAUACUUGAUACGCAUGCUGCUGUUGAACCAAGCUAAUCAUGCAAUUUGACAGAAAUCGUGGUCUACAAGUAUACUGCUCACUGUUUUUCCCUGGAGUUUGGAAGUGAAUGCCUCCAAAGAAGAAAAAAGAGCUUGUCCAUUUUCGUCCUUGACUCGAAGACGAAAGAAGACGACAAAAUUGUUUUGCAAAGUGUGGGCUUUGAAAUUAGUAGAGAGCGACAAGGGCUCCUACUACAAUCAAGAAAAAUGGCUAAAAGAUGACAAUGCUUCUGAAAAACCCAUUGAAACUACUGCGAAAUCGAGUUUCACGAGUUUCUUAGCGAGCAGAGCGAGCUUUUUAGGUCGCGAAGCGGCCAAGCGAGCGAAAAAUUCCAACAGGGCCCGCGCCAUAUAAAAAUCGAAUGAAGGACUUUUUUGAAAGUCUAUUGUAGCGGGAGAGCAGCUUCAAGAAAAACUCCAGGAAGUGGUUUGUUGUCGAUUUUUCCAGGGAAGUGUCGAACUUUUAGAAAAUGCAUUGAGUAAAAGUUGGCUUGGCUCAACUUGGCUUGUCUGGUGCGAAAAUGAAUUUUUAACUGCAUGCCCGUCGCAAAUAACUAAAUAUGCUUUCUCGACAACAGAAAAAUCGAAAAGAGCAGAGCCUUUGAAAGAAAUUGUUAAUCUUUUGUUGGGUUUCGUUUGCAACCUUUUCCUGCCAAAGACCGCAGAGGGGAAGGGCCUGGUAGUACUAUAGCCGUACCAGUUUUAUUUCUGGGAUUUAUUUUCUAGCGCUCCAAUUGACAUGCAAAAAAUUUCCUUGGAAUUAUUGGAAUUUGCCCUAUGGAAGAGAGGGAUGUUUGCUUGUCCGAACAUUUAAAACCUGAUGUCUGUGAAAGGAUAAUUACAUGUAAGGCCCAAAUGGAGUGAUUUGACCUUCUUUGCUUUGCAUCUUGGAGAGCACCUUUAUUCCCUCACCGAUAAUCUAUCUAAGGAUCUUCAGGGUACAAUGAGGGUACUAAGAUGGCUGCUGUCAGUGGACAACGCCUAGCAAAUCUAGUGAAGUAGACACUCACAAAAAUUCGCACUGAUCAAAGCUUCAACCAUUUCUAUGCUAAUAGUGCCCGCAAGAGUGAAGGCCUGCUUGGCGAACCAACGCUUUCAAGAAAAUGAUGCACUCCGGCCAGACUGGAGGUUGGUGCUGGUGCACCAAGCUAUCCCCAGACUGCCAAAGAUCACUUUAGAAGGGCCUAUUAUGAGACUAUUCAUCUUAUCGUCAGGGCUAUCUAUCAGCGUGUUAAUCAGGAAAGCUUCAGCUCCUACGCACAGAUGGAGACCCUCUUUGUUAAAGCUGCUAAUGGUGGCGAGCAACUAUGACACAGACUUCAAGUUUCUUGAAGCAUCAUACAGCAAAGAUGUUGGUACAGAUGCGCUACCUUGGCAACUAAGUAUUUUGGAAGUUAUGUUAAAGGAGUAGAAGAUAUCAUGUUUUGACGCAAUCCCUUUGGCGGUGUUAAAGUUUCCCGAACCAGAAAGGAAUUUAAGCUAAUUCAGGAAGUCCAAACUAUCUGUAAACUGCUUGCUGUAAAUCCUGCUACCAGCACUGCUGGUGAGGCUUCAUUCUCAUCUGUGCCGUGUCUGAAGACGUGGCUUCGAUGCAGGAUGGCUGACGAAAGGUUUAGCAACCUAGAAGUGUUGAAUGGUCACAGGAGUUUUUUCCGGUAAUGAGAACCAUAAGAGAAACUUUGGCACUGCGGACAACUUCAAAAAGUAGCAACCUUAGGAAGGUUUAUUUAACGUAUUGGCUAUAUUGAUGACAUUUAUGUUAUAUUUGUUGAGGUUGUAAAUAAGAUGGUGCGCAAAUGCCAGAUAAAUGGCAAAACACUGAACUUAAUGUUUCUUGCAUUGGCAAGAUUUUUUAGCCCUACCACUUUAAAAAUAAUGGUCUCCGCGGUCCCUGCCUACUGUGUCACUAUUGUUCUCCCUUUUCUGGUAUGCAUCAACAUUGGCAGCUUUGGUUAUCAUCUGUUAUAAUCUCGUCACGGGUAAUACGCCGCCAAAAAUCUUUUUCCCCUGUUUUCUCAAAAUGAGAAUCAGGGCAAGUUGAGGGUGCGUUUUAAACUCCAAGUCGGCAACCUGUGAACCAAUUUCAGGCUGAAAUUUGGCGAACUUACUGUCAGAUGGUUUUUCUAAAAAAAUGUGACUUCGAAUUUAGAUUUCUUUUUUCGUUUUCAAGUGAGAGUAUUUUUUCACAGGUAGUGCUAAUGACUUGUUAUCCCUAACUUCAACCGCUUAUAACAAAAGAACAAACCCACUUGACAAAAAUCUGAGACAGUUUUUUAGUCAAACGUGUUAAGAAGCAAAUGCGAUCUUAAUUAGCUUCUUCCGUUUAUUUUUGGCUGGCCUGGACUUAAAUUUACAGUGAUACCCACUUUCACAAAAAGCUUCUCAUUUAUUAUAUUUUGAUUUCUUAAAAGGAAUAAGCAAUAAUCUGGAACUAUUAAUCUUUCAGAAAAUGUACGGUUUAUGGGGGUAUUUAUUAAAAGCAAAGGCGCUAGCGCCGAUCAAAGCGGGGAGGGUGCUUGAGGGUGGAUGAUACCUUGAUGAGAUGCAUAUUCACCAGUAGAACCAUUAGAAUGACAUCAUUUUCUAUUCAAAGGUACCAAUCGUACCAUUGGUACCAAUGGACCAUUGGAAUUGCGCUGUACCCAGCCAGACCACAUGAGAAAAUAAUCUAAGUCCCCUUAAUGAGAUGCAUAUUCACCAGUAGAACCAUUAGAAUGACAUCAUUUUCUAUUACAUUGGUACCAAUCAUACCAUUGGUACCAAUGGAGACCCUUCUUGUCACUACUAACACCAAUGGAGUCUAUUUGUGAGUAUUAGACAACCCUCUUUGUGGGUAGCAUAUCUCACAGCUUGAAUCUUGACUCUAUUAACUGCUGAUGUAUCAGAAGAUUAUACUGCUGCACGUCCAUGACUCGAUCCAAGUUAUCUUUGCUGCAAGAUUUAUUUGAAGACAACAUUCUAGAAUGACAACACUUCUUUUUCAUCGAAAAACAAGUGAUUUGUUUUUCUUAAAUUUUAAUUAAAAUUAUGUGUUUUUAUGUACCUUGGUGAUUUUGUUACCAAGUUUUGAUACGCCGUAAUGUUGUGAUCAACAUGAAAAUAUUUUUCCAUGUGUGGAAUUUAAUAUUGUUUAAAUCUCAAAAAUAUUAUUAAGGGUCCUUAGUUUACUAUGUGUCUUGUAUUACAAGUAUAUACACCUGUACUCACUGUUAAUAAUUAACAAAGAAAGACCUUUACAUGCAAGGCAACACUGAGAAUGUUAGACACUGUUUUAAGAUGAAUAAAAAGAUUUUUCCUCUCUUUAUAACAGAAAACAUACAAUUAUCUUCCGCAUAAAAGUAUAGUGCAACAGCAUUUUUGAUGAAAAUAUUCUCUUCAGGAGAGGUGCAUGGGGUGUAUGACCCCCUGGAAUGGAAAUUAUAGGGGUGUGGGUGGUCUAAAGCAAAAGUGCCCUCGAUAGUUGGGGGGAGGGGGGGUGGGGUAUUAUAAAUGUUUUCUGGAACUACACAUUACAGUUUACUCAUAUCACAGUCAACUUAAAGUUGUGAGUCAGGCAACAAAUACCCCUUGUUUUUAAUAUGUUUUUGUGGUGAAAAUAAUAUACUUGUAGUGUUAAAUAAUAUACAUAAUUAUAGCAUUUUUUUAACUUUGUUUGCAAUAUUAUUUCAACUCGUGCAUCAGUUGCUUUAAAUUGUCACGAAAGUAGGUUAAUUAUUCCCUGAAAUUGAUUUCUUGGAAUUGAACUCAUAACAGUCGAACCUCUCUAAUACGGACACCAAAGGGACAGAGGGAAGUGUCCUUAUUAGAGAGGUGUCUGUAUAAAAGAGGUCACUAUGAUGACGUGACUUUUAUGACUCCACGGCAGUUUUAGGUGUUCAGCAGCUAAAACCAGGCUUACAUUCGUCUUUAAACUGCAUUUAAGUUUAUUAAUUCACAGUACAACACCGUCUUUGAGUAGUAUACAACAUUGUACAUAAUCAGCUACAUACGUACAGUCAUAGACAAAUCACUGUUUUAAGACGAAACGAGCUACAGCGCAAUGCUGCAUGUAAAAAGUUGUAACAUAAAGCACAAUUCUGAAAGCGUCUUUCGCUAUUUUGCAAGUGCAGUAAACAAUAACUAGCAUACAAAAUGUAAUAGAAAUUGCAAAUUAAUUGUUUGGUAUACGGCGACUGGGCUUUUGAAGUCACCUUGCAUAGCUCAUCAGCCAGACUAGAUGGGAUUUACCCUGUGCAAAUUCACCUGCUGAUCGGGAUUUGGAAUUCACCUGAUCACUACAGCGUCCGUAAUAAAGAGGUAUAAAUUUAUACGAAUUUACUCUCUGGGACCAAGAUCUAGUGUCCGUUGUCGGUAUUAGAGAGAGUCCGUAUUAUUGAGGUUCUUUUUUAAAGAAAAUAUAUGAGAAAUUUUGUUGGGACAUUGGAAACUGUCCAUAAUAUAGAGGUGUCUGUAUUAGAGAGGUGUCGGUACCGAGAGGUUCGAUUGUAGCUUAGUAGCAGAAAAAGGAAACCCAUUUGUGGUGUGUUUAUGUCCUCCAUAAAAUGUCUGCUGACAUUUGAAAACUCAGUGAGGCCAAUAUUAUUUUCAGCUUGAAUCAUUAUUGCAUCUUAUUGCUGAAAACAUUUUGUUCUUUUCUUUUUUUGCCUUUUUAAGGGAGUCAGGAAUUUGCAUUUAGGAGGGUACAGCAUAAUAAAUCCAUAAAAGUAUAUUCUUGUCAAUUUAUGUGAUUUUUCUAGAAUGAGAUUUUAAUAGAUCAAUUGAAAAUUUAUGGUAUAAAGAUUUACAACAAGUUCAGAAAGUUGGAAAGUAUUGUACAUGAUGUUUCAAAAGCUGAGUAUAGCAGACACAUUAAACCUUCAAGUUUCUUUUAUAGAUGUUUUUAAAUAAUUGUUGUGACUAAACCUUAUGGAUUAACGGCUGGCCAAUGGCAUAUCUUUUAUUUUUAUUGAAUCUACAGAUUUCGUAGUUUUUGAAAGUACACAAAUUCAACAAAACACAAUUUUUCACAAAUUUUUUUCAACACUAUAAUCUGUCACCAUUUUGGCACACCAUUGACAGGGUGCAACAAAAGUGCUAUCUGAUAGCCCAGGGCUAGUGAAACAACUCAUGGGAUGUCCAGUGAGUAAGCAGCAUUUGCCAAGAUAAAGAGUAAUCUGAAAUGCUACAGAAAAGGGGUCAGUUGACCUCUGAGCAUGAAUGCUGUACUGUGGCCACUAAACUUCAGUAACAGUUUGCCCAAAGGGCAAAGAGUUUAUUAAUUAUUUUCAUCUCACCCUGAUUCAGGCACCUAUCAGCUUCUUCUCAGUAACAAAGGAGCUGUGACAUUAAGCAACAGUAAGGGGGGAUCUAGGGGUGGGCCAAAGUGGGCCUUUUUUCCUUGAAAUUAUUUUGUAUUAUUUUUAUAGAAUUCUCAGAACAGUAAAAUGUUUCUAUAUAGCUGGCAAGUGGGCAAGUGUCCCAUGCAGCCACCUUUUUCAGAUUUUUCUGGAUCCACCCCUGGCAGAUGCUGGUAAGAUGAGUUCCAUGAGAGAUUUCUCCAUUUUUGAUAACUUCUUUAGAGACCAAAAACCAAUUCCAGCAUACAGCAAAUAAUACAAAAUAUACAUGUACGCAUUGCAUGCCAUUAUCAAAAUGGACUAAAUUAUGCAAAAGAUUCCAGUUAAACACCACUAACCCAGUAGCCCAGAGAAGACAGAAAAAAUAACUCUGAGGUUUGUGGAGAUGGACCAGAUGGAGAGAUCUAGGUUGGGAGAUACAUGGGACAGAACUAAUAAUUUCUGUUGUCAGGGACUUGACUGACAGCCUUCUUGUGUAUUUCCCUGCAGUAUGUAUGUAAUAAGAGUUGCUUAUGCUUGUCAGUAGAUCAAUGACAAGUGAUGAUGGUGUUUUCAUCCCUUUUUCUAAUAAUUUAUUUUUUGCUCCUACUUUUCGUUGAAUUACCUUUACGUGUCGUUUUUCCAGAUCUAAAUCUGCCAAGGGCUGGUCCACAGGAAGUAAGAUUUUUCGAUUGUUUUUCUUCCUGUGGUGCUGAUACUGUGUAAGCUUUCCUUGGGUUUCUGAGGUUGAAAUUGAAAUAGCAGUUACAAAAACAAACUGCAUGUAUACUGCUAGUUCAAAAGUAGUUGAAGAAACUUCCUCUUCUUGGCUUGCUAUUAUCUCUUUCUAAGCCACUGUAUGGGUAUGAUUGUAGGUCAUGUGUAUACUGUAAAGUCCUAUUUCAUUAUACAGUACCAGUAUGAAAAUCAACUCUUUUAGUUAUUGGGAACUGAAAUAUUAUUUAUUGAGGUCCCCAAAGUCAGCAGCCUAUGUUAUUUUUGCUAUAUCAUUUAUGGGUACUUAUUGGUUUCGGUUCAUAUCAUUCUCAUACUUGCCUUGCCCGGUUUGUUCGGUGAAGCUAAGCCCUGUAAGGCGGGGUUAGUACCGGGAUAGGGGACACCUUUUGGGAGAUUAAUGUACUUUUAUUUUAAGUUUAGGGACUGGUCAAAAAGUAUGGGGGUGGGCCGGAGCAUUUGGAAAUGUGGUUGAUAAAAAACACAUGACCCACCCCCUCCCUUCGGCACAAAAAUGACUGACCCACCCCUAAAGCAAGGUUGGAAAUUGCAUAACCCACCCCCUAGUUAAAACAUGGAUGUUUGGUUUCCUCUAAGGCCAUCCCCUUUUUUUUCUUCGUUUACCGUCAAACGCGUUUCCUGAUAUUGGGUCGGUCGGUCGGAUUGAAAAAAAAAACCUAAAAAAAAGGAAUAGUAGGCCCUGGUACCCCAGGACGACGUUAAAAGUUAACAUUCACACAUUUGGAUAAACAAAAUGUACAACAUACUGUGAAAAAUGUUCAUGUUUUUGUUCCUGUUUUUCUCUAUGCUGUUACUGUGCUCAUUUUUCAGAUUAAAAGAAUUAUUUCAAGUGAAAAAUGGUGUAUUUACGUCGUUACUUUUUUUUGUUUUGAAAAUGCCAAAUAUUUGGGUCAGUCGGAUGACGGUAAACGGAGAAAGAAAAAGAGGAUGGCCUAACCUUGUUCUGUGCUUGACAAAAUUUGUUGAUACACUGCUACAACCAAUAUCAAAAUCACAGAAAUCAUACCUUUCACUGAAAAGACAAAUGUGAAAAACCGAACAUUUCUUGUUUCGAUGGACGUUAUGAGUCUUGACACAAAUAUACAGCAAAACAAGGGUAUAUUGAAAUUGUCUGUCACAAAGCAUAUGAAAAUUUCUACAAAGACAACCCACUCCUACACAUUACUUCCCGGGUAUUCUUAGAUUAAUCCUGAAAGAAAAUUUCUUCCACUUCAAUGGAAAGCACUACCUACAAACCAUGGAACUGCAAUGGGCACAAAGACAGCAGUUUUGAUUCCUUUGCCAAUAUUUUCAUGACAUAUAUUGAAACAACAACUCUAAGCAAAACUGUCUUUAGAACAACAGUUUGGAAAUGCUACAUACACGAUAUCUUUUCCCUAUGGGACAUGAGUAAACCAGACAUCGAAGCCUUCAUUGAACAAGCAAACUUACAUCACCCAACUAUUAAAUUCACGGCCGAAACAUUUGACCCUGAGAUGCAGCGUUUUUAGACACGGUUGUAUACAAAGGCACAAGAUUCAAGAAAAUAUCUAUCCUUGAUGCAAAGACACAUUUUAAACAAACGGAAAUCUUGCACACAUUUCACCUCGUGUCACCCUCCAAGUGUUAUAAAAGGAUUUGUCAAAGGAGAAGCCUUGAGAAUCCUACGAAAAAACUCCUCAGAAACAACCUUUGAGGAAAAAGUUAAAAAAAAAAACGCUUGAUGGACAGAGGCUACCCACAAACUUUGAUAGAAGACCUACUAUCAGAAAUAAAAUUCACAAAAACGAGUCUAAACUCCUAAAACAAAACAUACAAGGAGGAAAAAGAAAUAUUGCCAUUUGUGACGCAAUACCAACCCUCAAUGUCUACUAUAAAGGAAGCUUGAAUAAUAAAAAUGGAAUCUUAUACAAAACCAACCAUAACUUCUAUAAAUUUUUAAGGAACCACCAAUCAUUUCCUUACAAAAAAGGAAAAUCAUUAAAGGACAUGGUCGUUAGAGCCAAAAAAAAAAGGUUAACAAAAGGUUUCACGCCCGUAUGGAUACAUGUGCGGCCUGUCACCUGUUGCAUUUUCUCGCACAACAGUUUUGUGAGUAUUUUAGCAAUAAUUCCAGCUGGCUGUGUUUUAUAUAACAAGUGUGGUCAACUGUCUUGUUAGUAGUUAGUGCCUAUCUAUGUAAUAAAAUAGGGUGACCCACCCCCUAAGGGUAGCUGAAAAUUGCACGACCCACCCCUUCGGCAAGGCUCAAAACCUCAUGACCCACCCCGUCUCUGCUCCGGCCCACCCCCGCCUAUACUUUUUGACCAGUCCCUUAUUUUUCAAAAAAAAGAGUGUCAUCGUUUAAACAAUAUGCUUAUAGAGUUUUUUGUUACAUUAUUAAGAUUUAGAGUCAGAAGAAAUUGCAAAGGACUUUCUUUGAUCAUAUUCAUGUGUUAAUUGUAAGUAGCUAGGGGAAGUGGUGAGCUAGAACUGACAUUAUAGUGCUGCUUUUUAUAUCAUCUGGCUUGUUUAUAGCCUGCGGUGCAGCUGGCCAACAUAUCGUGUAUAUAGUAUAGACAAAGUUGGUUUAAAGAAGGUUAAAAUUGUCUGCGGUAAACUGGCUAGCUUGAAUAUUAUAGUACAGUAUUGUUGUAAAGUGCAAUAAGCUCAACCAGAGUGCUGCACCCAAUGACAAUCAGCCAAUCACAAGUCAUGUUCACAAGGACAGUUAGUUGCCUGUCAACAACAAGAUAUCUCUUUAAAUCUCAAAGUGCCGCUGACCCAAGUGUGUUCAUUGCACUCUGAUAUUAAUUUAACUUAGAAAAAUUUAGUAGGUUUCAAUAAAUUGUAUAUUGGACUUAAAAAAGAAUCAAAAUUAUGUGGAGCCAUUACCCCAUCCAUUAUAUAUUAUAUGCUAACAGGGUGCAAAGAAAGUCAGUUUUACAUCUUGCCUUUCAGGCAAGCUGUAGCUAGCAUGUACUAGCCCAAAAAAAAUUUUGAUGAGCAUUGGUUACAGUUCUUCUGUGAUUUGAAUUCCCCCCAAAAAAUUCAUUUGUACAUUGGGCAAGUUUAGAAUACGAAUCACUAGCCUGAUAGCAAAAUCCACUAGCCCCGGGCUAUCAGACACCACUUUCUUUGCACACUGGCUAACAACCUCAUCCAUGUUGGUUUAAUUGAGCAAAUAGUGUAAUUGAUCAUUCUCUCCUUUGGGACACCUCCAUUCAGGGGUCACAAAAUUUGGUCCCGGAAAAUGUGCACAUAAUCUUUGUAUUAUUACCUCAAUUAAAGGGACGAGUGACCUCUAUUCAUAUGAAAGGGACUGUUACGGCCGCAUUCCACGUCAAUAUGUUUAGCGUUUAGUUCUUUGUAUAGUUGCACAUUCCUUUCACAUUCUUUUCAGUUAUCGCUAUUCAUAUUCUGUUAGAUUUCUCUGCAUAACUUUCUUUGUUCUUAGAUCAUUUUGUAAGUUUCAUCGUUUAUUCUAAUUCAUUUCGCUUUAGCGUUCACGGCAACAUCAUUGCAGUUUUUUCGUUCAGUCUUGUUAGCCAUCGUACCUUUUUUCCGUUCAACUUUCUAGUCACACAACGUUUGUAAGUAUUUUCGCUUAGUUUCUUUCCGUUUCCUGUAUUUUCGUCGUUUCAUAGCUGUCAUUUGUAUUCCUUAGUAAUUUGUAUUUUUUGUUUCGCAUUUAGCAACCGUAAUCGUAAUUCGUUAUAACUGUAAUAAAGACGAGUUGGAACCGUGGACCAUCCUUGGAUUAUUCGCUAUAAUAUUUCGUUGAAACGUUAUGGAUCCAAUCGAGGAACAAGUUGGAACGGAAAGCGACAGUUUGGAUUUCGCUAAUGCUGCCUUAGCAACCGGUGUAACAAGGCGAAGGCAGCGCACAGAAAAGGGAAAAGCAUUUAUCGCUCAUGUUCGAUGGACGGAUUGCCAGACUUUAUUUAGAAGAAUCCAACGUCAAAUGAAGGAAAUCGAUAGUUUGGCCACUGAUGAAGAGAAUGUGGACGUCGUCGAGAGGAAUUUAACUUCAUUUCGUUUUUCCGUGGAAGAGCUUAAGUCGGGUUUCGCUGCUCUUUUAAAUGAUCUUGAGUCCGAGGAGGAUUUGGACGUUCCGAACGAAUGGUAUAUUAAUCAGAGUGGAAAGAUUAACGACUUUUUAGACAAAACUGUACUCUGGAUAUCAACCGCGAAAGAGACAAUCGAACAUAGCUUGGAAACAAGAUCUCAAGUUGGCUCGAUAUAUUCCACAUCGCAUCGUUCAAAGGCAUCCUCUAGAUAUUCUAGCCGUUCGAUUACCUCAAGCAGAGCGAAAGAAAAAGCCAAAGCCGCCGAGUUAAUGGCCAGAGUUGCUAUGUUGGAUAAAAGGAAAGAGUUGGAGUUGAGAGUCGAGAAGUUACGCCUCGAAGAGCAGUUGGCAGUUGCUCGCGUGCGAGAGGGCGUGGUCGCUGAAAUUGAAAGGGGUGUCGGCGAUGCGGAUUCGACUGGUCGUCAAGAAUUGUCUCCGAAAGAUUCUUCUGUACAGGCAUCUACUUCAUCUGGGCCGUUUCUUCCGACUUCCUCAAGCGCUUACACGUCUCCAACCGUUACGUCUAACACUAUGACUAAAGUGAGCUUUACCGCUGAUUUAUAUGACGCUCCUAUGAUACAAACUCCCCCUAAGCCAAUGCAGCAUCCAAGUCUGAAUCCUUUUGCACCUGAGUUUCACGUCGCGGAAACGAAGCAAGAUACAGAGCCAUUAGGACAACCGAAACAAGAACCUUUCGCGAGUGAACCUCGAUACAUGGCCUACACACAUCAAAGUACUAAGCAGUUCUGUGAAGUCCUUCAACAACAGAACAGAUUAACAGAAUUACUAGCGGAGCAACAACAACAGAGUUUACUGCCUUCUCUUACACUGACCAAGUUUAGUGGCGAUCCUUUGGAGUACUUUACCUUUAUAAGAAGUUUUGAAUCGCAAGUAGAGGCUAAGGUCAGCGCGAAUGAUGUGCGCCUGCAAUACUUAGAGCAGUAUUUACACGGAGAACCCAAGGACCUAAUCAAAGGAUGUCUUCACCUUGAUAGACACAGUGGGUACUUAGAAGCUAAAAGGCUCCUUAAUGAAAAGUAUGGGGACCCAUACAAGAUAUCCAACGCCUAUCUCAAGAAAAUUAACGAGUGGCCCUGCAUCCGACCAGGGGACGAGUUGGCAUUAGAUAGAUUCUCCAUCUUCCUAAGUCAGUGCCGGAGCGCGAUGUCAACUCUAACCUACCUGUCUAUCCUAAAUCAUCCUCACAAUUUGCAAAGCAUGGUAACCAAGCUUCCAUUUACGCUUCAAGACCGUUGGCGCCGAGAAGCAAAUAAAAGGAGAGUGGCGGGUGGAGUGAUCCCCUCCUUUGCCGACUUCGUCAACUUCGUUAAUGCAGAAGCGGGAAUUGCGACCGACCCAGUCUUCUCUCGUGAAGCGCUCCGUCGUUUGGAUGGUACCUCAGAUCGACCUGAUCGUUCCAACAAAGGCAGAGGUAAAAGCUUUGGAAAGUCUAAAACGCCUGGGAACCAUAAUGUUAUUUCACAUCACGCCUCCAGUCACGCGACAGAUGUCACCGCUGACCAACAGUCAGGCUCACGCACUCCCGUUAACCUCUGUAAGUUGUGCAACAAGAACCAUGAUUUGGACCACUGUCAAGACUACUUGAACAAAUCCUUGUCACAAAGGAAGGACUUCCUAAAGAAGAAAUCACUCUGCUUUGCCUGCUACAGUCCUGGACAUAGAUCCAACGGUUGUGCCCAGCGAAGGACCUGUAAGAGCUGCUGACGUCGACAUCCAACGGGUCUACAUGAUGAUAGCCUUGCCCUCAAUCAGGAGGCCUCCAAACAGGUUAGCUCUACUCCUCCGCAACCAAAGGAGAACGUUUUAAAUGCUCACACGGAGGUGGAAGAAGCUCUCUGCAAUGCUGUAGGCACCGAAGAAUCAGUAACCGCCGUUCCUGUCGUUCCUGUUAGGCUGAAAUCUGCUGAAAGUGAAGUCCUCACUUACGCCAUGCUUGACACCUGCAGUACCGGUUCGUUCGUUAUUGACGAUAUCGCGACCACCUUGGGGGUGAAGGGCGUGAAUACACAGCUCAUGGUGAAGACUGUCAAUGGUACAAAGUUGCACGACUCUAAGGUCUUGAAUGGAUUAAUCGUCACGGACUUAAAGGGCAAGAAUCCCAUACAGCUACCGAAGAUAUUCACUAAAGAGGACCUCUGCACACCCCCAAAUGUGCCUACGCCUGAACUUGCCCAUCGUUGGAAACAUCUCAGAAACAUAGCCAGCGAGCUGCCUACACAGUUACCGAAUGUCAAGAUUGGUCUUCUGAUUGGCUCAAACUGCCCGAAGGCUCUCGAACCCAUAGACGUAUUAGCUAGUGAAGAUGGUGGUCCCUUCGCAAUCAGGACGUUUGCUGGAUGGACAAUAGUGGGCCCUCUGUACAUGUGCGACACAGAGCAUUCAAAUGUCAAUUGCCAUAGAGUUGCUGCUACGGAAGUUGGUUCAGGCAGGCACCUCGACCACCACUUCAUGGUAGAGAGAAGAGUUAAGGAGAUCGUCACUCCACAAGCACUCAACAAGAUGCUCGAACUGGACUUCAGUGAACGAACGGAAGAUAAGGAGCAAGAAUAUUCACGAGAAGACAUGAAGUUUCUGAAGAUAGUCAGUCAGGGAAUUCGUCACGAGGAAGAUCAUCAUUAUGAAAUUCCCCUUCCUUUCCGCGUUGACAGCCAAUGGUUCCCUGAUAAUAGAGAACAAGUUCUUCAAAGAGCACUAUGGUUAAGAAAGAAGCUUACUAAGAAUGAGAAGUUUUACAAGGACUAUGUUAACUUUAUGAGCAGCAUCAUUGCCAAGGGAUUUGCUCGGAAGGUACCGUCUCAUCUUAUUCCUGCAAAGACGGGCCAAGUCUGGUACAUACCCCAUCAUGGCGUUUACCAUGCCAAGAAUCCGAACAAGAUAAGGGUGGUGUUCGACUGUAGCGCUAGAUUUGGAGGAACAUCGCUCAACGACAAGUUGCUACAAGGGCCUGACCUGACAAAUCGACUUGUUGGUGUCCUUACAAGAUUUCGCGAAGAGCCUAUUGCGUUUAUGGGGGACAUUGAUGCAAUGUUCCAUCAAGUCCGCGUACCAGAAGGCCAGCGAGACUUCCUUCGCUUCCUUUGGUGGCCUGAUGGAGACCUAACACAAGACCUUGAAGAAUAUCAAAUGAACGUCCACUUGUUCGGCGCAGUGUCGUCACCAAGUUGCUCAAAUUUCGCGCUGAGAAAAGCCGCAGAUGACGCGGAAAAAAGUGUUGGGCCAGAGGCCGCAGAUGUUCUGCGAAAGAACUUUUACGUUGACGACUGUCUGCGCUCCGAAGGAAAAGAAGAUACCGCUAUCGAAAGGAUAUGCGAUGUUCGCCAUGCUUGCGCCCAUGGAGGGUUUAAUUUGGCCAAGUUCGUCAGCAACAGCAAAAACGUUCUCGAAAGUAUCCCGGAAGAAGUGCGCGCCCCAGAAGUUAGAUCGUUAGAAUUAGGAAGUGAUUACUAUCCAGUGGAGAGAGCUCUUGGUGUCCAGUGGGCGAUCGAAUCGGACAUGUUCGGUUUCAGAAUUGUCAUCAAAGACCAGCCACUAACAAGGAGGGGAAUACUAUCAACCAUAUCUUCCGUCUACGACCCCCUGGGUAUAGUUGCGCCCUUCCUGUUAGUCGGGAAGAAGAUCUUGCAGGAUCUGUGCCGAACGAAGCUAGGAUGGGACGACGAGAUUUGCGAAGAGUUCCGCGUACGUUGGGAAAGGUGGAGAGGCGAGUUGCCUGCCCUUGAGCGUUUCUCUAUGGAACGAUGUCUGAAGCCCAAUAACUUUGGCGUCGUCGUGUCGAGACAGAUCCACAGUUUCUCUGACGCAAGUUCGACUGGUUAUGGUCAAGUAUCCUGCCUUAGAAUGGAGAACGAGAGAGGUGACGUCCAUUGCGCAUUCCUUAUAGGGAAGGCUCGAGUUGCUCCCGUGAAGACAAUGACUAUCCCUCGUUUAGAGUUAACCGCAGCCACUGUAUCGGUUCGUGUGGUAGAGAUGAUCGCCAAAGAGCUAGACGAACCUGUUAAUAGCAGGCACUUCUGGACAGACAGCACAACCGUGUUAAAGUAUAUAAGCAACGAAAAUGUCGCCAACCGUGUUCAGACGAUACGAGACUCUACAAACCCCUACCAGUGGAGGUACGUUGGUUCUGAUUGGGUUAUCAAAUGGAAAAGGAAUCCCCCAGCUGUGUCUCAUAUGAGUGGCGUCUGGGAACGUCAGAUACGAUCUGUUCGAUCCAUCUUGUCUGCGCUGAUGCGAGAAUAUGGUCACGUCCUUGAUGAUGAGUCUCUUAGAACCUUGAUGGCUGAGGUAGAAUGCAUCAUCAACAGCCGUCCGCUUACCUUCCCGUCAAGUGAUCCCGGAGAUUUGGAUCCUUUAACGCCGAGUCACCUAUUGACGAUGAAAUCAAAGAUCGCAAUGCCGCCCCCGGGUAACUUCCAGAAGGCCGACGUUUAUCUCCGUCGAAGAUGGAAACGGGUUCAAUAUUUGUCCAACGUCUUUUGGUCAAGGUGGAGAAAGGAGUACGUCCAGACCCUACAAGAGAGAGUGAAAUGGAACAACCAGAGGAGAAACCUUCAAAGAGGAGACCUUGUAUUGAUCGCCGAUGAUAGAGUGCCAAGAAAUCAAUGGAAUAUGGCUCAAGUUGUCGACUCACGUCCAGAUUCAAAGGGACAGGUCCGAUCGGUGAAGGUUGCAACGGCAACGACAACGUUGGAGAGGCCAAUUCAGAAGCUCGUGCUAAUACUUGAGAAUGAAGAAAACUGAGGACCAGGGGUAUAUCCCAGCCAGAGGAGCCAUGGAGAUUUAGAGAUGUUCAAUGAACUUUAAUGAACUUUAAUUAAGAAUUAAGGACAUAAGAGUUUUUCCUAACUCUUAGGGGAGCCAGAUGUUACGGCCGCAUUCCACGUCAAUAUGUUUAGCGUUUAGUUCUUUGUAUAGUUGCACAUUCCUUUCACAUUCUUUUCAGUUAUCGCUAUUCAUAUUCUGUUAGAUUUCUCUGCAUAACUUUCUUUGUUCUUAGAUCAUUUUGUAAGUUUCAUCGUUUAUUCUAAUUCAUUUCGCUUUAGCGUUCACGGCAACAUCAUUGCAGUUUUUUCGUUCAGUCUUGUUAGCCAUCGUACCUUUUUUCCGUUCAACUUUCUAGUCACACAACGUUUGUAAGUAUUUUCGCUUAGUUUCUUUCCGUUUCCUGUAUUUUCGUCGUUUCAUAGCUGUCAUUUGUAUUCCUUAGUAAUCUGUACUUUUUGUUUCGCUUUUAGCAACCGUAAUCGUAAUUCGUUAUAACUGUAAUAAAGACGAGUUGGAACCGUGGACCAUCCUUGGAUUAUUCGCUAUAAUAGGGACACUUUUUCUGGGUCAGGAAACCUGGCUUUAUUUUAAUCUCCAUUAUUUCAGGAGACACCUCAGCACUCAAAAAGUGACUGACCACAAAGAGGGCUGAUAUCUUUAAAUACACAAUAAUCAAAAAUGGAAGCUUUCCCAAGCAAACUAAACUGAACUGUCGCACAGAAAUCAAUGAAAUGCACUUGUGUGAAUUCAACAUAUGUCAACAAGUUUAUUCAGUAUUACCAUUUCUGUACAGGUGUUACCGAUUAAAAAAAGUAAAAUUAAAUUGUAUAAAAAUAGAAAAUAAAAAUAAAUUAAAUUAAACAAUAGGGAGUUUAAGAUACCACGACGGUGACGGCCACGAAAAUGUCGCUUAAAAAGUGAAUUUCCAUUCUUUCAGUCUCUAUCGCGAUCAUUCCAACCAUUUACUUUGCCAAAUGUAAGCGAGGUCUUUUUCAGCCAAAUUCCUAAGAAUCAUAUUCUAGUUCAGGAACGGGGGCGUAGCUAGGAUUUUUCAGGGGGGGGGGCUCACAAUAUGACAAACCCAGGGUACUUGCCAGAUUGGCAUAUUGACAUCCAGGCCGUGUUUUACUAUAAACCGUGACAUUUUUUUUUUCGGAUGAGCAGUGAGUGUAGGUGGAGGGACAAGCCUAAAAACUAGCUGCAUAGAUUAAUUACGUUCCACAUAGCAUAAAUUGCUCUAUUUUAGCUGUGAAAAGGAACAUGGUCCACUGCAAAUGGGUAAGUAACAAUCUUGCACUGGAAAAGAUUUAUUGCAUGUUGAUUCUUCAGAUUCGCGCGUUUUGGCCACCUGGAUUAUAGGAACAUAAAACAAUUAUCUCACAAGGGGGGGGGAGCACGGGCACCCCAGGACCACCCCUUAGCUACACCCCUGAGGAAGAGAAAGAAAAUUUCGCCAUCGCUUGUUUACGUCCUCCAUAAAAUGUGAAAUUUGACAUUUUCCUGUCGUAGUCAUGCAGUGAUGGUAAAAAAAUGUACAAAAAAGCGUGAUGCACGUGCAGAGUUGUUGCUUUGCCUAUUCAUUUCAACCUAUUGCCUUUUUGACGUUCUCUUUGUCGUCGCCGUUGCGACAUCUUAAAGUCCCAAAUGUUGAUUUCUUUAUGCUGUCUUUGUUGGUUAAUUAUUAACAAACCCCAGCGCAACCUCUAAUCAGGGGGAACCUCUAUUCAAGGGACACUUGCUUUGGUCCUGAGGGUGUCCCCUGAAUAGAGGUUUCAUUGUAUUUGUUUUAUCUAUUGCUUCAAGUUUAUUUUUUUGAUUUCAAAGCUCACUUAAUAACUUUCUGUGCUUUGCACUGUGAGCCUGUUGACUUUUUUGAUCGGUAUUAUUAUGAUAAUCUUUGAUAACUAAGACUUUUUUAUGCUCCAUUUCUUGUACACUGUACAAGUUAAAAUUCACACCAAAUAGUAUUGCAUAAAACCUGAAAUGAUGCGACAAUGUCCGCUAUGGUCAAGUGAAAUUUACCCUACGUUAUAAAGUUAUUCUUCAGGUAUUAUUAAGUCAGUGCGAUAAUGAGUUUUUUGUGUGUCUUGCAUAAAAAUAGGUAUCAUCAUAUAUUUUUUUAGUCACUUAUUACCCUUCUUUGUUCAAAUUAGUAAUAAUCUAAUAAUAAUCUUUAUUGAGAUGACUUUUUCAUGUAAAAUAUGGUUUUCAAAAAGGAUUUCGUAAAAUUAAAAAAAAAAUACAAAAUACACACAAUUCGCAAAGACAUUAUAAAGCUAAAAUAGGUAAAAACUAUUAAAAAGUACAAGAUAUUAACUCAAAUUCGUUUAAAUUAUAAUCUUUCAUCUAAUGUCGGGGAGAGAAGAUGUUGCCUGGCUUGUUCAUGGUAGGGAAUGAAUGGAGAUGAGGUGUUGCCCUCUUCCUAAAGGUCUGGGGACGAGCCAGGGACCACAUGGUCUAGUGUAUACUGGGAAACCUCAUAGGAAUUGGCUGGGAAAAGUUCUAAAGAGCUGCAAGGCUACGAUUUUGACAAAUAAUUUUCAGCUAACGGUUUUUCGGAGGGAGCGAAGCGACGUCAGGAAAUACGUCUGCGUCUCGCAGGCUAUGGUUAAAUGGGGUGUGAAUAUGGUUGUUUUCAGUUGUUAUUUUAUGGUACCGGAAACGCUCGCUGAUAAGAAGGUCCCUUUAAGAACCUGCGUGAUUUAGCUUGCCUAAACAGGUUCUUGUAUUCUUAGGUGUUAAAGUGCAGAUUUCUGCCAGGAGGUUCUUAACCACAGGUUCAUAUUAGCGGGUGUUUACUGUAACUGCCUCUAUAGUCAAACCAGUCAAACCUGUAUUAAGCAGAUCUCUAUAAGCGGUCACCAAUUAAAGUCCUGAAAAUAGUUUCCCUUAAUUAUUGUAAAAACUGAUCUGUGUUUAGCAGUUACCUCUGUUAAGCAGGCGUAGUCACCUGUUUUCGAGGUCCCAAUGAGUAAUUUCUUAUUGUCCUUACCUCUAUUAAACUGUCCCUUUGACAAGAUGUGCCAUACUAGUGCAAAAGCAUGCACUGUGUAGGGUGUUUAGUGGUCUUGUACAGACUUGCCAACCCCCAAAAGGCGAAAAAUGUGAGAUUCUGAACCUAGAGCUAGGAAAAAUAGUGCAGGUCAUAAAUUAUGGGGCAAAACAAGGAUCGUGGUUAAUUUUGAUACUGAAAGAUUACAACUAAACCACAUUUUGGUACCUGAUGGGUCAAAAAAGAUGACGAGGGAAAGGAUAGAUCUUUUUUUUUUGUCUUUGGUCCGUACAUUAAGUUGAGGACCGAAAAUUUACCAAUCUAGAAAAAGAAAGAUGAGUUAUGGUGAAAAAAAAAAACGAAAAUAUAAAUAUGAGCGGUAUUGACAAAUGAUUUUGAGCAGAAUCUAUUGAACUCAUUGGCUGUAACUGAGGACAUAACUGCUUAUCCUGUAGCAAGUGAGAUCUCAGUGAAAUGGGCUGUGAAUAGUUGUGUUUAGUUGUUAUUUUACAGUAACUAUUGCCGCUAUAGUCAAUAAAACUUUGAUUAUAUCAUCAUAUUUCCUUACCGUUUCAGUUUUACAUUCUGCCUGAAACUACAAUGAGGGUCACCGAGGAUACAGUUACAAUUAGUGAACUAAGACGAGGACUUUUUAAAGGACAAACUGUUCAACUAAAAGAUGCUGAUCCAAAUGAGCUCCAGCUUUUUAUUGACAAGAUGCCCGCCACUAUCAGAGGUAAGAGUGUGAAAUAUGGUUUUUGAUAAAAAGAGAAAUAAGAUUAAACUUACUGUAUGGACGUAAGUUUAGAAACAGGUAGCUCAAGCUUAUGACAAGAGUAGUUAGUUUGUAUUUUUUUUUAAUUGAGAAGCAUAUGGUUAAACCCGCACAUAUGUUUGGAUACCUGGGGUUAAAUAUUUAAGAUUGAUGAGUGAAAUAUCCAGACUAAAUUUUAAAAACAAUAACGCUUAUGAAUUUGGUAAACCGGCAAUCCUCGCGUCAAAACGCGCUGUUAACAGUGUCAAGAGGGGUAGACUACAAGAACAACAUUGAUCUACUUAAAGAGAGCAUAAUAUCGGGCUGGCCCCAAUUCUAGUGAUUUGGAGUCAACAAA